AAAAUUUUGUACUGUACUUUACUUCUAAUUUACUCAUUCUUGUUACGUAUAUAAUAUAUUUUGUCAUUUACUGUAUAAAUUAUAUUAUUCUGUUCUCGUUCAUUCUCGUUGCCCGUAGUGGUGCCAUUGCUGCAUUGGUAUUGCCAAUUGAAAAUUUUUAAAAGUAGUUGCUGCUUGACGACAAGUUUAGGUAAUUAUCAUAAAUUAUGGGACCAACAUUUUCGUAAUGGCCCACCAGAGUCCAGAUCAAUAAAAAAGUGCGUGACUUAUCAGUUAUAGCCAUUUGUUUUGUGAGUGAGUUCAUGCAUUCCGUCCUUCUUACAUCGACCGCGAUAGUUUAAAGAAGUAACAUCUGGAACUGAUUGAAAAUGUUUUACGCACAUUUCGUGCUGAGUAAGAAAGGCCCUUUGGCUAAAGUAUGGUUGGCCGCACACUGGGAACGCAAGCUUACCAAAACUCAUGUGUACGAAACGGAUAUCGAAGAAACUGUGGAAAAUCUUCUAAAUCCCAAGAUUAAAUUGGCACUGCGCACAUCUGGGCACUUGUUGUUGGGAGUAGUACGCAUUCAUUCACGCAAAGCGAAAUACCUGCUGCAAGACUGCAAUGAAGCGCUCAGCAAAAUCAAACAGGCGUUCCGACCUGUUAUCAUUGAUUUGCCACCGGAACAGCGCAUGGCCAGUAAGAGCUCGAUCACACUGCCAGCGCAAGAAAAAGAAAUCAACUUCACACAGCGGGAAUUUGCCAUGGUUGAAAUUGAUUUUGAGCUGGAUAUGGAAGAACUCAGCGACGCUGAGCUCAAAAAGCGAUUCGAAGCGAACCAGGCAGAUCCUGACAGCAUUACCCUUAAAGAGACGAUUAUCGGGCUUACCAAGGGAAUUGUAGAUGACACUCUUCAGGAUGAUUUCGGCGAAAUGAACCUGAAUCUGGACGAUCUGAUGAUGAGCAGUGUCAUUCCUGAAGAACCGGUGCGUCCCGCAGACGGUGAGAGACAACCAUCGCUCAGCGAGGAAGGAAAACUGUUACCGGAGAUCCAAGUGGUUCCAGACUCAGUUGAUUCAGGGGUUGAGCCGUUUCCCGAAAUCCCCGCUGUAGCACCCGGCAGUACUGAUCUCCCACCCGGACAAGAGCUCUUCACCGGCGAACGAUCACGAGCUACUUCUGUUGCCCAUUCCAUUGGUCCGUCUGAAGCUGCCAGUGUGCGGCAUUUAGAUGAUUUGGCGGCAGUCUUUCCGGCACUUCCUGGUGGAAAUCAACCGAUUAAGGAUCGUGUCAGAGCAAAGCGUCGGCGGCGUUUAAUCAUCGAUGAGCAGAAAGUCAUCUCCAGUGAUCAGAUGCGGGCUCAACUACAAGAUCCCAGCGAUAUUGUUCGCACUCUUGAGCUUGGCCCAAGGAGCGAUAAGCUGUUGUAUUUACGGGAAGUUACUAUGGGAGAUAAGAUGUGGAAAUAUCCAGGAAUCUAUUUUGAGGAUGGUGUUAUGGGAUUGUCACAAAAGCUGACCAAUUUCUUUGCGGACGCUUUCAACCACGCUGUUGUACCUCGGACAGACCCGGCGGACAGUUUUUUCCCGGAUAAGUUGGAUAACAGUGUAGAACGGUAUUCGCAGAUAUUCCAGGAUGCACUCAAUUACACCAAUUAUGCAGACGAUGCAGAGCUGCCUCAGCCAGGAUUCAAUAGCGUUCUCGUUCAAGAUGAUUUUGAUGUACGAUCACCGCAGUCGAAGGGAAAGCGAUCCCAUCAUACAAUGGAAGGGUCUCCGGACAUGCAGGUGCCGGGCUCAGACGUUCUCUCAUCCGAUACACAGCGACCGGCUAAACGCCGUGCUGGUGACGAAGGGGAAGGGGAAGAUGAAGAGGCGCAUGCGGAGGAUUAUGACAAGAUGAGCAAGCGAACGAAAGAGGUUUUCGACCAGUUCUCUGCGCUUUUAACCCGUCGUCACACUCCUCGACACAGUAAAUCCGACGGAUCGCAGUCGGUCAAUUUUGAAGAGCUUAUCCGGGGACGGCGAUCUCGAAAGGAAGUGGCGCAGCGCUUCUACAGUGCCCUCGUGUUGAAGAAACUGCAGGCUGUGGAUGUGGAACAGGAGGUCCCUUAUGGGGAAAUCUGGUUAAAGAAGGGAUCACGGUUUAUAGAAUUUUCAAAAUAGAUGAGUCAUAUCAGUGUCUUGUAAUGGUUGUUCAGUUUUGCAUUCGUUCUAUCAAUUUAUAGAGGAUCGUAUUGUUAUACUUUUUGAAUUGCCUGCGUGUGCGCGUUAUUUACAAAGUUGUUAGUAUUCCUGCCGAAACAUUGAUCUGUCUCGUGGCAUGAGUGCACAUUUGUAUUGCUAGAAAACUGCUGAGUUUGUUAAGUGCCAGUAAAACUG